CUCGCCAUCACCCAACGACAAUACACCAGGUCAUCUCACCUACCGCCACCAUGACCAAGAUCAACAGCAAUCUGCACUCCAGCAGGAGCAAGAGCCGCAAGGCUCACUUCCAGGCUCCCUCCAGUGUGCGCCGGGUCAUCAUGUCCGCGCCAUUGAGCAAAGAACUCCGCGAGAAGCACAACGUUCGUGCCAUUCCUAUCACCAAGGGCGACGAGGUCAUCAUCAAGCGCGGAUCCAACAAGGGUCGUGAGGGCAAGGUCACUUCGGUGUACCGCCUCAAGUAUGUGAUUCACAUCGAGCGUGUCCAGCGCGAAAAGUCCAACGGCCAGGCUGUGCCUCUCGGCAUCGCACCAAGCAAGGUCGAGAUUACCAAGCUCAAGCUCGACAAGGACAGGGAGAAGAUCAUUGAGCGCAUUGCCGCUGGCCGUGUUGCCAACGAGAAGAAGCGCAAGGCUUAGAUAUUUCACCGCUCGAGAUCUGGUCAGAAAAAGGUUACGCAUUGGUGGAAACGGUCAUGAAUGAGUUCAACGAUACCACAAAAGUGAGGAUAUUGCCAGGCUGGCUUCACUUCGCAUUAGGAAUGGUCAGAUGCAUGGCGGACUGUGCAGUUGCAUGGAAUCGACUAUCGGCAAUCGAAAGCGCUUCAUACACACCGGUAAAAAAACCACUGUUCGACCUCCACGCGCCGUGCCCAGAACGGUGUGCUGGUUUUUGCACCUCUUUUCUCUUCGUCUCGCUUUUCUCUACCACCGCUAUGAUUAUCAACUUCACCGCCUCAUUCACUGGCAGAAUUGAAGCUAAACACAUGGCGAAAAGCAAAACCUCCUGCCACAGAACACUGCUCGACUACCCUCUGGGAGAUGGUGCUUUGAAGGUGGGGAACAU